GCCGGUCUCUGCCCUCCUUGCCGCUCUGCUCGCCGCGGGCAGCGGCCGCUCGCCGGGCGGGGGGUCUGGGGGAGCCCCGCCGCGUCUCCUCGGGGCUGCGUGCGGGAGGCGGCGCCUCCGCCCCGCUUUUACCUUCCCCCUCCCUCUCGCAGGAUGUGAGACAGCCGCCUGUCCCCUGGGACCCCCGCCGCCCCCAUGGCGCACAUCACCAUCAACCAGUACCUGCAGCAGGUACAAGAAGCCAUUGACAGCAGAGAUGGACAAUUUUGUGCAGAAUUGGUAUCAUUUAAACAUCCACAUGUUGCAAACCCAAGGCUACAGCUUCCAUCUCCAGAGGAGAAGUGUCAACAAGUUUUGGAACCUCCAUAUGAUGAAAUGUUUGCAGCCCACUUAAGGUGUACUUAUGCUGUUGGAAACCAUGACUUUAUAGAAGCAUACAAAUGCCAGACUGUUAUUGUCCAAUCUUUCCUGCGAGCCUUUCAAGCCCAUAAAGAGGAAAACUGGGCUUUACCUAUCAUGUACGCUGUAGCCCUCGAUCUUCGAAUUUUUGCUAAUAAUGCAGAUCAACAGCUGGUGAAGAAAGGGAAAAGCAAAGUUGGGGACAUGUUGGAAAAAGCAGCAGAACUGCUGAUGAGCUGUUUUCGAGUCUGUGCCAGUGACACUCGAGCAGGCAUUGAAGAUUCCAAAAAGUGGGGCAUGCUGUUUCUUGUGAAUCAACUGUUUAAAAUUUAUUUUAAGAUCAACAAGCUCCAUCUAUGUAAGCCCUUAAUUAGAGCAAUUGACAGCUCAAAUCUGAAGGAUGAAUAUAGUAUGGCACAGAGAGUUACGUACAGAUACUACGUUGGACGCAAAGCCAUGUUUGACAGUGACUUUAAGCAAGCUGAAGAGUAUCUUUCAUUUGCCUUUGAGCACUGUCACCGCUCCAGCCAGAAGAACAAAAGAAUGAUUUUGAUCUACCUGCUGCCAGUAAAAAUGUUGUUGGGCCAUAUGCCAACAAUUCAGCUCUUAAAAAAGUAUGACCUUAUGCAGUUUGCUGAAGUAACCAAGGCUGUGAGUGAAGGCAAUCUUCUCCUACUGAAUGAUGCUCUGACAAAGCACGAAACCUUCUUUAUUCGGUGUGGAAUCUUUCUUAUCCUUGAGAAGCUGAAAAUCAUCACAUACAGAAAUCUUUUUAAGAAAGUGUAUUUACUACUUAAAACCCAUCAGCUAUCUCUGGAUGCCUUUCUCUAUGCCCUGAAAUUCAUGCAAGUAGAUGAUGUUGAUAUUGAUGAAGUCCAGUGCAUUUUAGCUAACCUUAUAUACAUGGGUCACAUUAAAGGCUAUAUAUCUCAUCAGCAUCAAAAGCUUGUGGUCAGUAAGCAGAACCCAUUUCCUCCACUGUCAACAGUGUGUUGAAUAUUGAUUCUUAGCCAUGCAGGUAACUUUUCAGAUGCUCAGCUUGCCCAGUGGACCUGCUCCUUAUCACCCUGAGAACAUUGUAAAUGACCUCAUUCAUGUCCAGGACUGGAAUACCAGGAACUGUUUGUGGCUCCUUUCCCAGAAUGACCAAGGCUGCCAGUGUUACAAAGUGCAUUGGAAUAAAAUGCCAACUUUUCAGUGAUAGCUUCCACCGGCUUUCUAGAUCAUUAAAAGGAUUUCAUGAGGAAAUACAGCAAAACAUUCCAAAUUCCUUCCAAAGUACUUAAAAAGCUUUUAUUAAAGUACUUCGUGUUAUUAUUUCUGCAUUUAUCUUUCAGAGGGGUGAAGUUACUGGUGUUCAUCCAUUCCUCAGAGUGGAAAUGAUGGGUUUUUUUCAUGGUUUCCAUUUCCAAGUCACUUCAAUAAUCUUGCUGGUACUCAAUACUCUCUUCAAGCCUUCUCUAAAAACUAAAGAAGUGCUUUACUCUAAAAGCUUUACUGUGUCAGUGAUAAUUACAGGUUCAGGUAAAUGUGGGAUUUUUGUCUUUAAGUGCCCACAGAUGAGUUGGGGUUUUUGGUUUUUUCUAAUUACUAUUCUGGUAACAUUUAGUUUCAUUUUUGUUACGAUGUACAAAAGCUUAUCUAAAUAACUUAUCCAUACUUGUGUGUUUUUUUCUGCUUCUGGGGAAAACUCUGCAACUGGAUCCAUUAUUUUAAGUGUUACUGUCCUGAGACUUCUGUUUGUUUGGGGGUGGUACAAUUAACUUUUUGUCCAUAGUCAUCGGAUGGUAGUUUGGGAUUUUUUUAAUUACUUUAGAAGGAAAUAAAAGAUAUUUUUUUUCUCCUC